ACAGUACAAUUCCGGGAAAUUUGACGCACACAUUUUCCGUUCUCGCUACUCCUAGUAUCGCGCGUAAGUUAGAAACAUAAGAAAUUAUUUUGAAGUUUCUGCAGACCUCAGUGAAACUUGAUUCAUCUACGUGGGGGUGGGUUUAUUUUCAAGGCAAGGCCCUUCCGCUCUCGCUCUGCCACCGGCAUACACAAGUACACAACACAAACCGAAUAUCCCCGAGUUUGAGGGGCCCGACAUGAUUCUAGUUAUCACACCUCUCCGAAUUGUCCACGGUUGACUUAGUUGUCUAUUUGCUCGAACAUAACCAGCUUUGACAUUCAUUAUUGAUCAACCCGUUUGUAUCUACACAAAUAUAUUGGUUGGCUGAUUACAAUCUUGGUGCGUUUCCUUUGAUGGAAAUAAGAUAUCAAACUUGUUUAGAAACAGCAUCAGUCAAUCAAAUCACAGGACGUGUGUCAUGUAAAUAGAAUAUCUAAAAAGCAAAUAGCCAUGACAAUUGCCACCAGAGGACAAGGAUUCCCGGCUGAAACAGCUGAGAACUCCACUAAUCAAUCUCCUGGGCAGCAGCAAUUACCUCAGACGCAGCCUCUUGUACCGCCUCAGCUCCCUCAGAACCAACAAAUGCAGCAGAUCCAACAGAAUACCCCCGAGCUCCCAACACAGCAACAACCAGAGCACCCACAAACGCAGCCACCUGCUGCAGACCCAUCGCAGCCGGUACCAGGCCCUCUCCGCCUCUCGCUUGCACAGAUUCGCGAUCGAGCUCGAGUUCAACGUGUUGCCAGACAAACAUCUUGUUCCCUUGAACAGCAGCCGGGUGUGUGCAUCCCACCCUCUGUUGUGUGCAUCCCACCCUCUGUCAAUCGGAAUCGAGGAGAGGAUUACCAAGAGUGGUUGCGGGACCGGUAUCCCCCGCUGCCAGGUGCAAAAACAGUGGGUGGAACAGCUCCCCCACUAGGGCCUGAAGCAGAGCCGCCCAACCCAGCAUUCAACCAAAACUGUAAUGAUGCUUCAUGUUCGUGCCAUGAAGUGGAUUUCCCAUAUGAUAAGCUCCAGUCCCUUGAUGAGAAAAUAUCAUCUCCUCGCUGGAUUGUCCCUGUUCUUCCUGAUCAGGAACUGGAGUGUUUGAUAGAGGCAGCCAUUAAUUUGUGUCGAUCAGGUCAAGAUGUGAAAAGUGAAGCAUGUCAAAGAUUUUUUCGGGAGGGUUUGACUAUAUCAUUUACGAAGAUAUUGACGGAUGAUGCAGUCAACAGUUGGAAGUUUAACAUUCAGCAUUGCAUCUACAAGAACUGCGAGCGUUUAAUCGAACUAAUAGUACUUAAGCUCAACCAAGACUGGUUCCCCUUGCUUGACCUUUUAGCUAUGGUCUUCAACCCCAGUAACAAAUUUCACUCUUUCAAUGCAUCAAGGUCUUCGGAAAAAGUUCCUCUUGAUAGUCCAGACGAAGAAAUUUUUGCGAAGCCUGGUCCAGAUUUUCGGAAUGCUCGUGGCUGGUUAAUAGAUCUUAUAAACAAGUUUGGAAGUUUAAAUGGUUUUCAAAUACUUUUAGAUAGGUUUCAAUCGCGAAAGAAUCUAACCGUACCUGUGAUAUACGCUCUAAUUAGACCAUUUGGCCUCUGCUAUGAGCUUUUGACUGUUCAGACCAUCGAAAAAUACCUAAUGCCAAUUGUUGAAAUGAUACCGGAACUCCUAAACAACCUAACUGAUGAAGAACUGAAAAAGGAAGCAAAAAACGAAUCAAAGAACGAUGCCAUUUCGUCAAUCAUCAAAGCGUGUAAAUUACUCGUCUCUAGAGUGCCUGGUCAAGGUGAAACUGGAAAACAGUUGGAAAUUUUCCGUCUGAAAAUGAUUUUAAGAUUGUUACAAAUCUCUUCGUUUAAUGGGAAAAUGAACGCUUUAAAUGAAGUAAACAAAGUGAUUUCUAGUGUUUCAUAUUACUCGCAUAGACAUGCCCUAGACCAAGGAGAAGAGUGGCUUACUCCGGAAAGAAUGGCUAAAUGGAUCAAAGAGAACAAUGUGUUGGAAAUAGUUCUGGCUGACUCAAUGCAUCAGCCGCAGUACGUUGAGAAAUUAGAAAAAAUCCUAAGGUUUAUAAUCAAAGAAAAAGCGCUGACAAUUCAAGACCUCGAUGCAAUUUGGGCAGCACAAGUAGGGAAACAUGAAGCAAUCGUCAAAAAUGUCCAUGAUCUAUUUGCUAAACUAGCCUGGGAUUUUUCUUCAGAGCAAUUGGAUCAUUUAUUCGAAAGAUUUCAGUCAAGUUGGACAACUGCGAAUAGGAAGCAGCGAGAAAAGUUAUUAGAACUAAUUAGACGAUUAGCAGAAGACGAUAAAGAGGGUGUUAUGGCCCAGAAAGUGCUCACGUUGUUCUGGAAUCUCGCACAUUCAGAAGAUGUUCUAACAACUGAAAUUAUGGAUCAAGCAUUGAGUGCGCAUGUUAAAAUAUUGGAUUACAAUUGCUCACAGGAGAGAGAUGCUCAAAAAACUAUUUGGUUAAAUAAGUGUGUUGAAGAGCUGAAAGCUAAUGACAACUGGGUUCUACCAGCGCUGAAACAAAUUAGAGAAAUUUGUAGUCUGUACGAGCCUACUACAAAUAUCAAUCACUCUCAAAGGAAUGUUUUUCAUAGGCAAGAAGUUAUAGACAAGCUGCAGCAAGAACAUACAUUAGUAAUAGUAGUAACAAAUAGUCUGACCUCUUAUAUGGAUAAAGUGCGAAAGUAUGUUCAACAGCAUCCAGACACUGAUCCGGAAACUUUUUACCCUGAUAAGCGGUACAACCAUGUUGCACAGGUUCAAGAAAGACUGAAUUUUCUAAGAUUUUUGCUAAAGGAUGGUCAACUGUGGUUGUGCGCUGAUCAGGCGCGGGAAAUUUGGCACUCACUUGCUGAAGAGGCUGUUUUUGUUUGCGACCGGGAAGCAUGUUUCAAGUGGUUUUCUAAGCUCAUGGGCGAGGAACCAGAUCUAGACCCUGCUGUAAAUCGGGACUUCUUUGAGCGCAAUAUUCUCCAGCUUGAUCCGGUUCUGUUAACUGAAUCGGGUAUGAAAUGCUUUGAGCGAUUUUUUCGUGCUGUGAACAUCAAGGAAGGCAAGCUCAAAAUCAAACGCCGCGCUGUGCUUAUGGAUGACUUGGAUCUCAUUGGGACUGAUUAUUUGUGGCGCGUAAUAACAACGUCCUCUGAUGGAAUUGCAAAUCGAGCCAUUGAGCUUCUCAAAGAAACUUGUACGAAUUUGGGCCCAAAGCUUGCCUCCUCGGUAACAGAGUUUCAUGAUUCUUUCAUUAUGGAGUGUGUGGACCGAUUGCGUACGCACUACGACACUGUGGCUGUUCUCACACAACAGGUUGUGCCAACGGAUGCUGCGUCCGCCGCCCUUGUCCAAGGAGAGACUCUCAAGAUGAGUCGAGUCAUGAAGGUGCUUCAGGAGUAUAUAUGCGAGUGUGACAGCGAGUUCCAUGAUGAACGGAAAAUUGUUCCAUUGUUCAGAGCUCAUAGAGGAAAACCAAUCACUCUAGUCAUCCGGUUUAUUCAUCCGGUGCGGCAAGGCGAUGAUAUGGAGAUGCUAACCCACACAAAUGAAACCAUCGGCUCCAUCAAAAGGCAGAUCAUCCGCAAAAUCAAGUUAACAUCUAACAUUAAGCUUGAGCUCUUCAUCAAUGGGGAUCUCAUGAUGGACAAGAAGGUGCUGGGGCAGAUGGCUGUGCGGGAUAAAACGUUCAUAACCGUGAAGUUGAUGCAGAUUAGUCCAAACGUACAGAGUUCACCAGAGUCUUCAUCUGAUAGUUCUACCAGCUCACCCCAACACCCCUAUAAUGGGCCAAAUGUGGACGCUGAGAGCAAUCUUCCUGGUGUGAUGAUGGCUCAGAACCACAAAAAUGCUGAGUUCUUCUUUCACAUAGCAGACAAAGGCUCUGAGCUCAAUGACUUCCACCUCCGAGAAUCAGCCAGGGCUGUGCUCAAGAUAAUCCCGCCGGACACCACAACUGUAGAAAGACUUCAGGCCUUAUUUAGCAGUGCUUCCAACCUUGCAGAUGGUCAGUUACCAGCAGUCACCACCAACAAUUCUCUACCUCCCCCCACAAUAGAAAACAUGUUUUACUGUGACUCACCGUCGGAAGUAUUGUACAACUUAGAGGUUUUGUAUUCCUUAAUAAUGCCCGCUGUGGACCCAAUUUCGGACCGUGCUUUCGAAUUUCAGUUUAAUUUUCUACGAAGCAAAGACUCAGCACGGUUUUUAGACAUGCUAGCGACCAACAUCCUUCCAAACUCUGAUUCAUCUACUAUGAGGUCAGCUUACCUGAUGGUGCUUAAAAUUUGCAAGCUCUUGCUGACAAUCAUAGGGCAUAUUAUGCAUUUGGCAAUGGAUGAGUCCCAACCAGUGCCAGGACUGGUAUCGGCUGCGAACGCAAUGCCUGAAGAGCCCUUAGCACCCGAUCCUGCCAGCCCUUGUCCUGCUAAUUCUAGUCCUCUCCCCGCUCAGUGCAGCGAUGGCCUCCAUCGGCGAACGCCCCUUUUCAUGCUCAAGCAGGCCAUUGUCAACUUUCAGUCUCAUAGCAUAGAAUACAAUAUUGCUAGGAAACUAGCACAUUGUUACAAAGACCAGAUUUGUAGUGUAAGUAACGGUGAGCAACCAGUGCACCCCCUGAUCGUUCAAGCGCUUGAAUGGAGUCUGCCGAACAAAGACAUCAUCGCAGCCAUCAUCCAAAUGGCAUGGGCAUCAGCUUCUGGUGGUAGCAUAUCUCACAUUGUCUCCUACACGCAGCUCCAUCAGCAGCUCAUCAGGAAUAAACAGUCAUCGCAGGAACAUGUGUUAGUUGCAAAAGAAGCUCUAGAACUUUUAACAAUUGCUCUAAUUUUAAAUCCGAGUUUAAUGGAAUCUCUUACCAAAGAAAAAAUGUGGCAUACCUUUAUUGUAGAUAUUGUUCUAAUAUGUAAUAAUAGAUUAAUUCGAAUGGCAGCAGCGGAGCAGUUGAUCCUCAUGUUGACAUUUUGCUGUAGCCAGCAGCCAUUGCAGCACUGUAUUACAUCUUUAUUUAGUGUUCUCAAUACCCUAGUUGUUGAACAUGCUCAUAAUUCUCAUGAAUAUUUUGAACUGCUGUGUCGUCUACUUAACUUGGCGUUCAGUUGGAACUGCCCUAUCAUGAACUUAGAUGCAACUCUAGUCGAUGAGGUCCUAUGGCUGAAAAAGAUGAAGGAGCGAUUGCGGGAAGUUGGGGAAGGACAUGUAGAGGAAGCGCUCAUUGAGGGUCAUUUGGGCAUUACCAAGGAGCUGGUCAGCUUCAUGCCGCCCGAACGCAAGUUUCAACUCGGCUCUGAUGAGAGUGAGGGUAUUAACCUAAUUAAGGAACUUGUUGAAGAUUUUAUUUUUCCUGCAUCGCGAAUGUUUGUUACAAUGCGGAAAUCAGGGGAGCUUCCUGAGGAGCAGCCAGUAGCGGUUUGCUCAACUCCAGCCACAUUAAGUAGCGGCUUUGAUCUCUUGGUUGCCCUUUGUACCGGUUGUGUUCAAAAUAUGCGCUUACUUGUUGCCAUGCUCACUGAAUAUUUUUACAGUGAACACGAUGAACCUCUGACUGAAUGGGAUUACCUGCCACCAGUAGGACCGCGACCUCCACGAGGAUUUGUGGGUCUUAAAAAUGCCGGAGCAACGUGCUACAUGAAUUCUGUGAUACAACAACUAUACAUGGUGCCUAGUAUACGCUCUGGAAUCCUUGCAGCCGAAGGCGCUGUUACUGAUCCAAACGAGGACUUCUCAGGCGAUGAUUCUGAAAAUUUAAUUUUAGACAAUCAGGAAUUUGAUGAUAAGUGCAAUUUAGAAGAUUCAAGGAAGGAGUAUAAUAUAGGGAUUUUGAAGCAAGUGCAAGCUAUCUUUGGGCAUCUAGCGUGUAGUAAACUUCAGUAUUAUGUUCCUAGGGGCCUCUGGAGACAUUUCAAAUUACAAGGAGAACCAGUUAAUUUAAGAGAGCAACAGGACGCUGUUGAAUUUUUCAUGUCAUUAGUUGAAAGUAUUGAUGAAGCAUUAAAAGCACUGAACCAAGAACAAAUAAUGAGCAAAAUUCUUGGUGGCAGCUAUUCAGACCAAAAAAUAUGCAAAGAGUGUCCUCAUAGGUAUGCCAAAGAGGAGCCAUUCAGUGUAAUCAGUGUUGACAUCCGAAACCACUCCAACCUAUUAGAUUCCAUGGAGCAGUAUGUAAAAGGGGAGCUGCUUGAAGGUGCGGACUCUUAUCACUGUGACAAGUGCGAUAAGAAGGUGGUAACUGUUAAGCGACUCUGUGUUAAAAAACUUCCACCGGUCUUAGCCAUUCAGCUGAAACGCUUUGAGUAUGACUUCGACCGGGUUUGUGCCAUCAAAUUCAAUGACUACUUUGAGUUUCCCAGGAACUUUGACAUGGAACCCUAUACAGUUUCUGGUCUAGCGAAAGUAGAAGGUGAAUUGAUUGACUGUGAGUCGCCUAGUGGGAACAACAAUGAAACAUUAGAAGUGUGCACCAAAUACCAUCUGACUGGUAUAGUCGUUCACAGCGGCCAAGCAAGUGGCGGCCACUAUUUCUCUUACAUCCUCCAUCGAACAGGCAAUACUUCCAAAUGGUACAAAUUUGAUGAUGGAGAGGUAAGCGAGUGCAAAAUGGAAGAUGAUGAGGAGAUGAAGAACCUCUGUUAUGGAGGGGACUACAUGGGCGAAGUGUUUGAUCAGAUCCUGAAGCGUAUGUCUUUGCGAAGGCAGAAGCGAUGGUGGAAUGCGUACAUGCUCUUCUACACAAGGGCAGACGCCACCACCGAUGCCGACGUGGACCAAAUCAAUCUAGUCAACAACAUCAAAAAUUUAGUACUCUCAAACCCACCAUCUUCCUCAUUGGUACCCUCUGCUCCUGAACCUCUUAAAAUGCCUUCUGCUAUUGAGAAAUCAGUUCGCCGGCAGAACGUUAAGUUCAUGCAUACGCGAAAUCAGUUCUCAUUGGAGUAUUUCCAAUUCAUCAGGUAUCUUACAUCAGCGAAUACCCCUUCAAAUCCUCACAUCCAAAGACACCUACAGUUGAGUGGUGACCGAAUAGCGCAACAUGCUGAAGAACUGUCUUUGCUAUCAGUGCAGAUUGCGUCGCGAUUCCUUUUCUACACAGGAUUUCAUACUAAGAAAUCAUUGCGAGGUACAGCUCUCGAUUGGCACGAUGCAUUUUGUUAUCACCUCAAAACUUACAGUUCUGUUCGUUACUGGUUCUGUCAAAAUGUUCUCUUUAGUCACACUCGCAGGUUUGCAGAGUAUUUAUUAACAUGUCCAAAUACAGAAGUCCGAUCAGCCUUUAUGAAAAUUAUAGUGUUCUUAGCUCAUUUUUCGCUCAACGAUGGCCCUUGUCCUAAUUCACAAACAUCGCUCAGUGACCACUUAAUCCUGGCUGUGCUGUCUUUGCUGCAAAAAGAAGUCUCGGAGUAUGGGCGCUACUUGCCUAACUACUUCACGCUGUUCCACAACUAUGCCUCAUUAGGUAUUCCCGAGCGAACACAGUUACUCAAGCUCAAUGUCCCAGCGAUGUUCAUGCUGGUCGCCCUAGAUGAGGGUCCUAACCCUGCUGUCAAGUACAAUAAUACGGAGCUUACCAAACUCCACAUGGUUGUCUCACAACUUAUACGGUGCUGCGAUGUAUCGUCGAAGUGUUCCUCUCCAUUACGACAGGAUGGUCCUUUACCCAAUCCUUAUAAAGACCCAGCGUGCAUAGACUAUAUUAUGCCAAUCCAACCAGAGGCAGCAGAUAUACUGUAUGGUCGCUCAAGCUAUGUCAAGAAGAUUAUCGAGGACUCUCAACUGACAGACGAAAGUAUUAAGCUGCUCCAAUUCUGCUGCUGGGAGAAUCCACAUUUUUCACGUACCGUCCUCAGCGAGAUCUUGUGGCAAAUUGCAUUUGCAUACUGCCAGGACCUCAAGCAUCACAUUGAUCUCCUCUUAGGCAUGCUUCUCAUGGAAGACACGUGGCAAGAAAGGCGCAUCCACAAUGCCCUGAGAGGUGUGCCGGAUGAUCGAGAGGGCCUUUUUGACACAAUCCAAAGAAGCAAGAGUCAUUAUCAGAAACGAGCUUAUCAGUGUAUUAAAUGUUUAGUCACGCUUUUCACAAGAUGUCCACUGGCGCAUAAUUUUCUACAGACCAAUGCUGAACUGAAGCGCAAGUGGAUCCUUGCCACUGAGUGGCUUCAAGAAGAAUUAGAUAAAAGACCAUUUGCUAAUAGUACACCAUACAUUUAUCCACCAUUAUCUCCAACACAGUCAAAUGACUUUGCCAAUGGCUACUUUUUGGAACGUUCAAAUAGUGCACGCAAGACACUAGAAAGAGCGUGUGAUCUGUGUCCAGAUACGGAAACGGAGCCGGACAUUGAGGCAGAGGCAGAUGAAACAUCAGAAGAGGGCGAAAGCUCUCAGCCAGAUGACUGUGGGCGUAGGAUGUCCUUCCCAUUAGCACGGACAGAAAAGCAGGGCGACAAGGAGGCAGCCAUGAUGGAGGCCUUGAAUUUAAAUAAGACUGACACAUCGCCGCAUUCGCUGCAUUCAGAUUCGAUGCUUCUCAUUCAGUAUUUGCGGAACCCAGAGCAAAACAAGCAGGGCGUUACAGAAAACCCAGAAAAUGAAGGUUCGUGAGGGAUAAGAGCUGCUGUAUCUGUUGCUCAGCGUCACUUUUCACGGUGUUCCAAUCACUUUCACUGCGGCCAAAGCUUCAAGGUGUUUUGAUCAAAAGCACAGGUAUUUUUUUGGCUGAAGCUCCACUAGUCUCCGCCCUCAGACGUCAAUUUGUUUUAGGCUUUGACACGUCAUGGUCGGGCUCAGUGUCACCUUAUUUAUUCGUGCGUACAGUUCUGAACUCAUUUUGCAUCUUUAAAACUUUUAUUUUUUAUGUCUUGCUUUCAAGGAGAGCAUUAAUUUGUUGUGUUUGCUCAUUAUCAUCCUGUAAUGCAGUGGAAUCCAUCUAAACAAUUGUUUCCUUUGUUGCUGUAAGAACUGCAAUUUUCAAUUUGAGCAAGAAAUGUUCCAUUAACUUAUCCUAGACUCAAGUCUAAAGCAGUAUCAAAAACUUAAUUCAUGCAACACUCUUCAGCUUGCUAGGCUGUGCUCUUAAAGAACACACAACUAAUUGUUAUAGCUUUAGGUAUUCGAGUACACAAAACUAAGAUUGAUGCCUUAUGCUCUUCUAUUCCCUUUCUUCUCCUUUUCUUUUUUAUUGCAAGGAAGACGCCAUUCUACGGAGGAGACAUUCAAACAAGGCUCUUUAAUUGUUGGUCAAACUCUUAUAUUAAUGUUGUCACAAGUUUUUCUUUCUGACACUGUUGGCUCCCUUCAUAGAAUUUUUAAUCUGCUGUAAGAAAUGAAGCCUGGAAGGUUACUUUGGAAUUUCCCAAUGGGGUAUGGGUACUUGAUAGCAAGCAUUGACUUCUCUGGGAAGUGUUUAAACUUUUCAUCCCAGGCUGUUUGCAUACUUUUAAGUGUAUUGGACAAUAUGUAGAUGAACAAAAUGUUUUGACAGGCUCUUAAGAAAUGGCCGAAUUGAUCAAAUGAAUUGAGUGUUAAAAUUACUAUUUUGAAUCAUUUUUUUUUUACCCAAUUUAAAACUGCUCGGCCUUUUUCCUUCCUUGUUUUACAGAAAUUUUUCUAUACUUCCUCAAUUGUCUCUCAUUGAUCGUGGAAGUACUGCUACGACUAAUAGCUUCACUCAUAAGUAAAUGAAAAUAUUGAAUCUUUUAUAACCUUAAAUAAUCUUUGCUUAACCCUGAGUCUGCCUGCUGAAAAAGUUAGACAGAGGAUACUAUUUCUAAUUUUUUUGAUCGCUCUUGGCAGUUUUGUUUAUUUUACAGUUCACUAAAUUUUUUCUGUGGCUAAUAUUUUUCAUUUUUGAAAGGCAGCUUUACAGUUCUGUCACCAACUUCAAUCAGAAUUUAUAUUUAUUGGCAUUCCUUGCACUCAAUGAAUGUUUAAGUCCUCAUUUAAGAAUUUUCUGGAAGGUUAAUAGGUUCUACAGCAGUAAGGAAGCUUGCAAUUAGCAUGGAGAUUGGAGGGGUGGUGAGCUUUGAUCUGGUUGUUGAUAAGAAAUGUUGCAAAAAUGAACUCUAUCAUUUCAUUAUGAUGCUCUUUUUCUCAUCUUGGUUUAUCAUAGACCUGAAAAUUUCUUUUUCGUUGAAGUGAUUCUUAUAUCAGACAUUUCAAAUAUGCCAGUUGUUUUUAAUUAAAUGAAGGAAUCAAAUGAGUCAUCAAGUGGAUUGAGUAUAAAGCCAUAAACACCAAAAAUUGUGCUAUAUCAUUGAGCUAUGAUUAUUCCUCCCUCCAGUAGAUGCCAUAUGGACGAUAAAAAAGUACUGACAGUUCUUAUUACAGUUGGUUUUUUUUUUUUUAAAAAUUAAUUUUGCCUUCGUCAAUUUUUGUUUCCUUUUCAUCUCUUAAGCCCUUUGAGUGCAAGGAUAAUGUGACACCGAAGUGGAAAUUGUUUACCUUGGGAAGUAAGUUUUGUGAUUUAUAGUCCGCUGGAAUCAAUUUUUUUUUAAGGGGGGGGGGAGCGGCAAACUUUUAAAAAAUUUUACCUUGUGAUGUCACCGUAAAUUCAAUCAUGGCUCCCAGAAAUUUUAAUUUUAAUUCAGACCACACUCCAUCUCCAGUACUCAGACCCAGUGGCUUGAAACAUGGGCUUAAGUAGUCACGCAAGUUUUCAUUGAGAAAGGCAGUCGAAUUUGCAACUUCUUGGGAUUUUAAUUUUGUCACAGAUUCGUCUUAAUUAUAUCUUGUUUGUUGUUAACCCUUCAAUCUUGUGCCACACUGGAAGAAUUUUUCCUUCCUCUUCCAAACAUCAAAACGUUGCAAAAUUGUGCUCUCAGGUUUUAAUCGUUUUGAAUGCCUUUAAUUUUAUCUGAAAUGCUAGAAUCAAUAUUCUUGUGUAUCAUCUCUGUCUGUAGUUUUUCUUCAGUACGGCACAGUUAGUUUUUUGAGUUAUCAAAGUAAACACCACUCCUUCUUUCCUUGCUAAAAUCAGUCCACAAGGAUACAAAUUGGAGUGAAAAGAAAAGGUUUUUGAAAAGCCGAAAAUUUUAUUUAUUUAUUUAUUCAUCUAUUUUUUAUUACGCAUGAAUAAUUUUGAAUUUUUGGUCUGUUGGCCCUUGUUAUAUUGUCCAGGCAGUAAAGUAGGUUUGGGGUUACUUACCCCUUGAAGUUGCUGUCUGUGAAAUUUAAAGUCCCGUUUUUUACAAGCAAAUGAAACCUGUGCUUUGUCUCAUCGUUUUUUGUUUAUUUUAUUUGUUUUUAUAUUUGUACGAAAUACUUUUACUGUGAUGUUUCACUUUCUAAAUUUAUUUGAAUAAAAGUGCGUGUAUAUAUUACGUA